UCUGGCAUCUGGUGGGCGGGACUUUUGUGUUGUGCUCUGGAAUUGGCCCCUCUCUUGGGGUGUUCAGUUCAGUUCAGUUAGAGAGACAAAUUCUCAUUAUUGCCUCAUCAUGUGGUUUUAGUUUCUCUCAAACACUAUGUUGCUGUGUGACAGUUUUCUUUAUUAUGAAAGCUUUGUUUGACAGAUAUGUGAGCCUCUUACUUUGUUGAAAGAAAAGAAACCCUGCUGAAGAAUGGGGGAAUAUCUUAAACUGGGUGAGUGAGGAGAUAUUCUCAGUCUGAUGGGAGGAUUGAUUUUUUAAUCACCCCACCCUCCACAACACUGUAUGCAGCCAAAAAUCAACCGAACACAAUCCAGACUCCCAACUCUGUCACAGGCACAAACCAAGAACAGUGCAUAACUUGCAGGUUCUUCAAAAAGUGUCUUGGGAACUAUAGUUUUGUUGAGGUCCUGAGCAUUGCCUGAGGGGGAUUCCUAGCCCUCCUAACAGAAAUACAGCUCUUUGAGUUCCCAGGGAGAUGGAGCUUCUAUUAAAGCAGUUGAAAUGCAUGAUGCAGGCAGGCCCUGUGUCUCCCCAUCUUCUUCCCAUCCCAGUCAUUGGGCUAGUCCACCUACACCUUCCAGUCCUCUCCCCGGCAUGGCCAUUUUGUUAUAUCUGCAGGUGCUGGUGCAAGCAAUACUUAUUUUUAUGAAACCGUUCUGGGGGUAGGCAUGCUUCUCAUGUGAGUGCUCUUAAAAGCAGGCUGGCUGGGUGUUCCCUUCCUCUCUAUGUUGUCAUCCCAUAGCUGCCACCUUUAAGACCAGGAAAGGCCAUGUGUUGCAAAGAGGUGGGCUGGCUUGCGAAACUGCUUUCUCCCAGGAAAAAGGAGUAGGAUUACAUUGCUUUAUUCAUAUUGCGUGUUUUCAACAAAAUGAACGAAGAAUAGUUUUAAGAAAUAAAACAGAGCUACUUUCUCCCGCUGCUGCUUCUCCAGUGCUGCUGGGUCUAUCUGCAGUUUCGUAUGUGCAGUAUAUAUCCUGACAUUCCCACAUCGAGUUGAACAUUAAAUCUCCUCUCAGAUCAAACAUUGCUUGGCCUCCCUCUUUGUUUAACCUGCUUCAGCUGGUCAUUCUCCUUUGACCUCCAUGGCCUUCCCACCCCCUUUUUCCUUGUUUUGGCUCUGGCUGAGUAGAAGGAACACUCUUACUGACUGGGAUGAACUUUGCCAAAAGCAAGCAAACCAGCCAUUUGCUCACGCUGCCUUAAGAGGAGAGAAAGCCCCAGGAAGGAGGAGGAAGAUGCAGCUCCCACUACUUCUUCUCAUCUGUCUGUUGUCUGCUGUAACUCCACACCACCAUUUAGUGAAGGAUGUAUGCACUGCCAAGCCAAAGGAUAUCCCUGUAAACCCUAUGUGUAUCUACCGCAACCCAGAUAAGAAGGCCCAAGAGGCUGCAGCCUCUGGGCCGAUUCAAGAGAACCUUCCCAGCUCCACCAACCCACGUGUCUGGGAGUUGUCCAAGGCCAAUUCUCGCUUUGCUGCCCUCUUCUACAAGAAACUGACCAGCUCCAGGAAUGCCGAUGAGAACAUCUUCUUGUCACCCCUCAGCAUUUCCACAGCCUUUGCCAUGACUAAGCUGGGAGCCUGUGGCAACACCCUCCAGCAGCUAAUGGAGGUUUUUCAGUUUGACACCAUUUCAGAAAAGACAUCAGAUCAGAUCCACUUCUUCUUUGCCAAACUUAACUGCCGACUUUACAAGAAAGCCAACAAAUCAUCAGAGUUGGUGUCAGCCAACCGCCUCUUUGGGGAGAAGUCCUUCAGCUUCAAUGAAACCUAUCAGAAUGUUAGUGAGGUGGUUUAUGGAGCUAAACUCUGGCCUUUGAACUUCAAAGAGAAGCCAGAAUUAUCUCGGGCACUCAUUAACGACUGGGUGGCAAACAAAACAGAGAUGCUCAUCAAGAAUGUGAUCCCGGAAGGAGGCAUUGAUGCCCUCACCGUUUUGGUACUAGUCAACACUAUUUACUUUAAGGGCCACUGGAAAUCAAAGUUCGAGCUCGAAAAUACAAACGUGGAGCCCUUUUACAGAACUGGUUCUGGGCGUUGCCCUGUGCCUACCAUGUAUCAGGAAGCGACAUUCAAGCACGCCUCUAUUGCAAGCUCCAAAGUGCAGGUCCUGGAGCUGCCCUACAAAGGAGAUGACAUCACCAUGGUGCUCAUCCUGCCCUUUGCACAGACCCCCCUGGCAGAGGUGGAACAGGGGCUGACAGCCGAGAAGCUGGAAGGCUGGCUGAAUGCCCUGAGAGAGGUCUCCAUCUCAGUGCAUCUGCCCCGCUUCCGUGUGGAGGACAGCUUCAGCCUGAAGGAGAAGCUGCAACAGAUGGGGCUGACGGAUCUCUUCAGACCGGAAGACGCCAAUCUGCCAGGGAUAAUUUCAGGUGCCCGGAGGGAUGUUUUUGUAUCUGAAGCAUUCCACAAAGCCUCUCUAGAGGUGAAUGAAGAAGGCAGCGAGGCAGCUGCUUCCACAGCCGUCAUGAUCGCAGGCCGUUCAUUUCCUUUGAACAAACUUGUCUUCAAUGCUAACAGACCUUUCAUGGUGCUCAUACGGGAAGUUGCCAUCAAUGCCAUUCUCUUCCUGGGCAGAGUAGCCAAUCCCUGCUCUUAACACUUCAGGUUGUUUUUCAGUGGUCCUCCUCCUGUUUUGAAACAGCUAAUAAAAAGGUAUCAUUGCUGUAUCUCUCUUAUAUAUGACAUGUUCUCAAAUUACAACUAAACCCAUUCUUACUCAGCUGUG